CGUCUGUCAUUUAAAGUUGAUAUUUCGCCAAGUCAUUUUUGCUUCACAACAACAUUAAAAAUCGUCUUUUCCCUACGUUUCUCACUAAAAAACCGCAACAAAACCUACAAAGAUGCCUGUGGAAGACAUGACGGAGCAAGGCUUAGCCAAAAAUCCCAAUCUCGAAUUGGCACAACUGAAAUUCCUGCUCACUUUGCCGGAGUACAAUGACUCGCAGGAAAUUAAGGCGAAGCUGAACAAAGCAAUUGAACAAGAUUCCAUGGCGCCGUGGUACGAAGAGUUGUGCGCCGAGUUCCAUUGGCCCGUAAAUCGGGACUUUUUGGCAAAAAUGAAGCGCGAAAACGAAAAACAACUCGCCGAGCUUGACGCUGCCAUCGAAGAUGCGGAAAAAAAUUUGGGCGAAAUGGAAGUGCGCGAGACAAAUUUGAAGAAAGCCGAGUAUUUGUCGCGCAUUGGCGACAAAAAUGGGGCAAUUAAGCAAUUCAAAGUGACUUAUGAGAAAACUGUGUCGCUCGGGCAUCGUUUGGACAUCAUUUUUCACAACAUUCGCAUCGGGCUUUUUUACUUGGAUCACGAUUUGAUAACGAGAAACAUCGACAAAGCCAAGACUUUGAUCGAGGAAGGCGGUGAUUGGGACCGUCGCAACCGCCUAAAAGUCUAUCAAGGCGUUUAUUCGUUCGCCAUUCGUGAUUUUAAGGCAGCAACGAAUUUCUUCCUCGACACCGUCAGCACUUUUACGAGUUACGAGCUCAUGGAUUACCAAACUUUUGUGCGUUACACGGUUUAUGUGGCGAUGAUUAGUCUCCCGCGCAAGGAAAUUCGCACAAAAGUCGUAAAAGGCGCCGAAAUCCAAGAAGUUUUGCAUGCCCUGCCCGACGUCAAGCAAUACCUCAUGUCCUUGUUUGAGUGUCAUUACGGCGAAUUCUUCAAAAAUCUCACGAUAGUCGAGCAAUUUUUGCGUCAGGAUUACCUCAUCAACCCGCAUUAUCGCUAUUACGUCCGUGAAAUGCGAAUUUUGGCGUACGGACAACUUUUGGAGAGCUACAGAUCACUCACCCUGAGCUACAUGGCAGAAGCGUUUGGGGUCACGAUCGACUACGUUGACGCCGAAUUGUCGAAAUUUAUCGCCGCCGGACGUUUACAUGCGAAAAUCGAUCGUGUCGGAGGCAUUGUCGAGACAAAUCGACCCGAUAACAAGAACUGGCAGUAUCAAGCGACCAUCAAACAAGGCGACAUUUUGCUAAAUCGCAUCCAGAAGCUCAGUCGAGUCAUCAAUAUUUAGAUUUUUUGUUUGCUUUUUCACUAAUUUUUCGCUGUAAAAUGAAAUAAAUGAUAAAA